AACUGAUCUCGAGUCAUGGUCGAGGGGAAGUGAUCGAGCGGUCGCCUCGUCACACAAAUGGCUCGUCUCGGUAUCCGUCAACGAGAAAGGCCUCGGCGAAUAGAUUGAUUGGAUAUUCCAAACGUCUGGCAACAGCACACACGUCAAAUACAGCGCGGCUUGCGCUCAGUGAGCCUGCGCUAAGAGCAAAAGAGGAGGUUCCCGAAUAGAGUCCUUUAUUUAUUAUUUCUUUGUUUCCAGUCGGGGAAAUAAUUACAGCGGCACAUUGUACAGCACUUCAUUUAUUGUAGUUGGCCGUAUACACCAGAAAACUGGAUAAGAUUACAGUGCUUAGCCGAAGGCCAAAGCCAAGAGGAGGAGGAUGAAGCGGCGCAAUGCGGACUGCAGCAAACUCCGACGGCCGGUAAAACGGAACCGAAUCACCGAGGGGAUAUACGGCAGCACUUUCCUGUACCUGAAAUUUCUGGUGGUGUGGGCAUUGGUGCUACUGGCUGACUUUGUGUUGGAGUUCAGGUUUGAGUACCUCUGGCCAUUCUGGCUCUUCCUCCGGAGUGUGUACGACUCCUUCAGAUACCAGGGGUUGGCCUUUUCAGUAUUCUUUGUGUUUGUGGCGCUUACUUCGGACUUCAUUUGCCUCCUCUUCAUUCCCAUACAAUGGCUAUUCUUUGCUGCCAGUACUUAUGUGUGGGUGCAGUAUGUCUGGCACACAGAGAGAGGAGUCUGUCUACCCACAGUGUCACUAUGGAUACUCUUCGUGUACAUAGAGGCAGCCAUCAGAUUCAAAGACCUGAAGAACUUCCAUGUAGACUUGUGUCGUCCCUUUGCUGCACACUGCAUUGGCUAUCCAGUGGUCACACUGGGCUUUGGCUUUAAGAGCUAUGUAAGCUAUAAGAUGCGCCUCCGGAAACAGAAGGAGGUGCAGAAGGAGAAUGAGUUUUACAUGCAGCUCUUGCAGCAGGCUCUGCCUCCAGAGCAGCAGAUGCUCCAAAGGCAGGAGCGAGAAGCAGAAGAAGCAGCAGCUAAAGGAUUACCUGAAGUGGACACACCUCCAGUGUUGCAGAAUGGCGCCCCUGCCAAUAAAAAGACCUCAACGUCACUGCCAGAGUUAGAGUAUAAAGAAAAAGGGAAAGAGGGGAAGGGUAGUGGGGACACUAAAAAGCAACACAACAGCAACAGCAUCCUGCCAUCAUCAGUGGACUCUAAACUCCAGGAGAUGGAAUAUAUGGAGAACCAUAUGAACAGCAAAAGACUAACCACAGAACUGGGCAGCACAGAAAACCUGUUGCUUAAAGAGGACAACAAUUCCUCUUGCUCGUCCUCUUCCUCCUCCUCCUCCAAAAAUUACAAAAACAACAAUGCCACAGCGCUCAACUCUUCGCCGCGUGGCCACAGUGCUACAAAUGGCAGUGUGCCCUCCUCUGCGCCUUCCUCCUCCUCCACGGGGAAGAACGAGAAGAAGCACAAGUUAGCGGUCGGGAAGGGGACGUCAGGUGGCUCCAACAGGGAUCCCACAGACAACUGUAUUCCCAACAACCAGCUUAGCAAGCCAGAAGCACUUGUUAGAUUGGAGCAGGACGUUAAGAAGCUGAAGGCGGACCUGCAGGCGAGCCGGCAGGUGGAACAGGACCUGCGCAGCCAGAUUGGCACACUGGGCAGUGCAGAGCGCUCAAUACGUACUGAGCUAGGCCAACUGCGCCAGGAGAAUGAGCUUCUGCAGAAUAAGCUCCACAAUGCUGUGCAGGCAAAGCAAAAGGACAAGCAAGCUGUGGGACAACUAGAGAAAAGGCUUAAAGCUGAGCAGGAAGCUCGUACGACUGCUGAGAAACAGCUCGCAGACGAAAAGAAGCGCAAAAAGCUUGAGGAGGCUACAGCAGCCAGGGCAGUAGCAUUAGCUGCUGCUUCCAGAGGGGAGUGCACAGACACGCUGCGAAGGCGGAUCACAGAAUUAGAAACGGAGUGUAAGAAACUAACCCUGGACAACAAGCUUAAGGAGGACCAGAUCAGGGAGCUUGAUUUAAAGGUUCAGGAGCUUCAUAAAUACAAGGAGAAUGAAAAAGACACAGAAGUGCUGAUGUCAGCGCUGUCAGCCAUGCAGGACAAGACCCAGCACUUGGAGAACAGUCUCAGUGCAGAGACCAGGAUCAAACUGGACCUCUUCUCCGCACUGGGGGAUGCCAAAAGACAGCUGGAGAUUGCACAAGGUCAGAUCCUUCAGAAAGACCAAGAAAUAAAAGAUCUGAAACAGAAGAUAGCCGAAGUGAUGGCUGUCAUGCCCAGCAUCUCAUACACAACAGACACCAGCAGCAUGACCCCCGUGGCCCCCCAUUACUCUUCCAAGUUCAUGGACACCAACCCCUCUGGUCUGGACCCCAACGCCUCAGUUUAUCAGCCCCUCAAAAAGUGACUGCUUUAUGCUAUCUCUCCUUCCAUUCGCCCUUUUUCUCUUUUUUGGGGGGGAGUGGGGGGGUUCCCUGGCCCGUCACCCUUCAAUCUGCUCGGCAUGUCUGCGGCUGAGAAUUUUUUUUUUCUUGGCUCUUUCUUUUUUCCUCGCCAGGUCAGGAGGUUGUUGUAUUGUGUGUAGUUGAAACAAAAUACAAAAAAAAUAAACCAGACAUCAAUUUGA